AUGACAGAUGAAAAGAAACAAUAUAUUUAUUCUUUACAUGAUUUUUCAAUAUCCUCUCAUACAGCAAAUUUUAAUGCUGAAAAAAUAAUAGAAGUAAUUAAAAAUAUUGGGCCUGAAAAAUUUGUUGCAGUAGUAUUUGAUGCAGAAUUAGCAAUGACAGUAGCAAAACAUUUGGUCGCAACAAAAUUUCU